GUGUGUUCACGGGACAGAACAGAAACAUUGAGUCACAUUAUGGGACAGAAAUACAUGUUGUCCGUAAAUUUAGAGAAACAUGUUGUUGGAUCUUAAAAACAGUUUGACGGAGGAAGAAAAAUAAACUACGUAAUUUACAUCUGGCUUUGUUGUUAGGCUGGUAGAAGCUAUUCAUCACGUUGGCUUUGAAAGUUUGUGUUCAUGUUAACGAUGAGAAUAUUGUGGUCGGUGUUGGGGGUCUUUCUGUCCGGUUCCAGAGUUCAUAUGGAAGAGACCCCGCCCCGUAUUGUCCUCAACCCCUCUGACGUGGUAGUGAAAGUUGGGAAUCCCGCUUCCCUCUCCUGCCGCGCCGAUGGCAACCCCAAGCCGAGCAUCGAGUGGCUGUACAACGGUCAACCCCUGGAGACAGUGAACGGAGAUGGGCACUGGCAGUCCAUGGUUCUGUCAGAGGGCAGCCUCUUCUUCCUGAGUGUCGGAGGGGGCAGGCGAGGUCCGACACAGGAAGGUGUUUACACCUGCGUGGCCAGGAACAGUGCAGGGAAGGCCGCCAGUCGAAAUGCAUCACUGUAUAUCGCAGCGUUGCAGGAGGAGUUCAGCGUGGAGCCCAGUGAUGUGGAGGUGGCAGAGGGGGAUGUGGCUGUCUUAAACUGUGGCCCCCCAGCAGGACACCCUCAACCCAACGUCGUCUGGAAGAAGGAUGGCUCGCCGAUUAACAGCAGUGACAUUCACUACACUGAGCUGAGUGGUAGGCUUAUCAUCGCUCCUGCAGAGAAGAAACACUCUGGUGCUUAUGUGUGCGUGGCCAGUAACACUGUGGGAGUGAGAGAGAGCAGAGCGGCUCGGCUCUCUGUGAUGGCCAAGCCUGUUCUGGUGCUGAAGCCAGAAAAUGUGUCGGUGAGGAUGGGGGAGCCUGCCCAGUUCUACUGCCAAGCUAUAGGUGACCCUCCACCCUCUGUGGUCUGGAGCAGAGAGCAGGGGCCACUUCCUAACGGCAGGUACCUUGUAAACCCAGACCAGACUCUCCAGAUCCAUUAUGUGACAGCCCAGGAUGCUGGGAAGUACAUCUGCACUGCUGUAAAUGAUGUAGGUGUGGUCACUGCCAGCGCACACCUACAAGUUGAAGAGGCUGCCAUCACAAUACAGAAAGACCUCCACAAAGAACUGUCCACCCUGCGAGUGGCUCUGGAAAAUGUCACCAUCAUGGCCCCUGGGUCCAACAUAUCCCAAGUACAAUGGAAGCUCCAGUUCCUCCCGGCACAGCCACAUUACCUCGAUGGCUUCGAGGUUCUCUAUCGCUGCCUGCUGCCUGCCAGCUCGGACUGGGAAGCCAAGAAGGUGACACUGCCCAGCUUCCAGACUGAGGUGGGCCCUUUAAAGAGAGGCUACAAGUAUGAGUUCAAAGUGCGUCCCUAUGGAAGUAGCUUGUAUGGAAGGGAGAGCAACACCCGGCACUUCAGAGUUCCAGAGACGGUUCCCAGUGCCUCUCCGCUGGCUGUUACCAUCACAGUGAACCAUGAGCUGAAUAACACCAUCCACCUGAGCUGGGAGCCUCCUCCUCAUGAAACCCACAACGGCGUCAUCCAGGGAUACCAGGUGUGGUGUGUGGAGUCUGAGGAGCAGCAGUUUCAGAACUGGACAGUGGACAGUGGACAGCACAGCCUCGAUAUCUCUUCUAUCAAAGCAGGGAAACGAUACUGGCUCACCAUGGCAGCUGUCAAUGGAGCCGGAGUUGGAACACUGAGUGACCCCCAUGGAUUUGUCAUCAACACACAGAUAGGGGGCCCUCUUGAGUCGGACAGCCAAAGACGACAUCUGUCUCAGAUCCUGCUUCAGGACCCAGUGUUCAUCGGCAUUAUUGGCGCCCUCCUGUGGUGUGUUCUGAUGGUUGCAGUUGUCUACCUCAUCAGACGCCACAGCAGGACAGGCCACCUCAUACCAGGACAUGGCAAAGUGAAAGGUUUACGCAGGCUGGCCAGUGAAGAUCUCAUUAUUAAACACAGCAUGGCGGCUCCAGACUCCCCAUGGAUCUCUGGAGGCUGGAGACCUGCCUUCAGCCAGAAGUAUCAGGACUUAUGGGCCCAAGGUCAAAAACAUCCAGGAAUCAGGAGCACUAGUCUCCCAGUCUCAUCCAGGAAGGACCUCAGCCGUCUGGACUCAGUUGUCCCCAUUGUGACCGACAGCUGCGGUGUUUAUGGCACUUUUUACGUGGACCUGAUGGGUUCCGGCCUCAAGACCUUCAACAGUCCUGGGCAUCGCACUAAAAUGCCUCACGGCCUGCCACAUCAGCAGGGAGCUGAGACCAUCCGGAUAUUCCCUCAGCCUGUCGCAAAGACCUUGUCCCUUGGCAGCCGUGACUUGCUGCCAUGGAAACAAGCCAUACGUCCUCAGCCCAAGAUGGGUGUGCUGAGAGAGUCCUGGGAAAAAAACAACAGCAAGCAAGAGCUGCAUGCAGUAAACAGUGUCCCCAUAGUGCCAACCAGAAAGCAGGCUUGUCCCUCCAGUGUCUACAAGCAGAGACUCAGUCACAUACCACCAGGUCGAAAUGGUGGAUGUCCAGAGUGCAGUGACGUUGCUGGCUGUCCUCGCAUGCUGCAUUACCCUGCGUCAGUCCGCCUAGUGGACAUGCUGCCCCCACCACCACCGAUGCCCAUAGACAGCACCAUGGACACACACAGCCUGACCUCUGAUGAGGGCUCCAGUCGUUCCACAAAGCUUACAGUGGACAUGGGCUCUCUCCAGUCAGUGUGUGAGGAAUCAGGCCAGCAUGGGCACCCAAGACUCUGCUUGUGCCCCUCCAACAGCCACCUGUCUACUGCCUCAUACACUAUGUCCCUGGAUGAUGACCAUGGAGGCACACUGACAGCUCAGGAAGCCACCCAGUACCUAGAGCUCAGUCCUAAACCAGAGAGAUGCAGUGCUCUGCCUGAACAGCGUUCCCUCCUGUCCCACACCUUCGCACCGAACCUGAGCUACAUGUGUGGGCCAGUACGCGACACUCAGCUGGAGGAGGACUUUUCCACUGAUGAGCUUGAAGCGCCACCUAUCGGCCUGCGACGUGCCCGCCUCCAGAGCACGCCUUCCUCCUGCUACAGCGAGUGGGACAGCUCCCUGUGGAACACCUGGAGCUCAGUCAUGGACAGCGACAUGGCCAGCGCGCGCACCAGCCUCAUCAGCUCCGUGGACAGCUGUUACACGUCUGACAGUGCACACUUUGCCCACCUGCUGGCUGUGGCAGCAGACUCUAUGAGUGGAGCCUCUUUGUCAGACUUUUCUCCGCCGGCCUCCCCCCUCAGCGCCUUGUACCCGUCGUUUCAUGCAGAGGGCGACUCGUUCGGCGAGCCGGAGCCGGAGCCUGUUCCUGCGUGGGACUGGAGCAUGGCCUGGGUGGAGGAAAUGGAGGCUAGGUACAGAGCCCGCUAUCCCAGCAGAAGCACCAAACCCUUUAACGCUUAGGGACCGACAUGGAAACGAUCACUGGUCUCAUGGAAACGACACCAGUGAGUCCUGAGAGCGUCAGAAACACCCCACAGCAACACCAGAAGUGCAGGACGAGGACAGGGUUCAGACAUGAUGCUGCAGCGUUCAUUGAUUUACCUUAAUGGAAGUGCAGGAAACAUCAUUGAAGUCUGAGUCAGUCAGGCGUGUAGUGGCUUCUCACACACAAAGAAAGAAUUGAAGUAUAAUUGCAGCUCACUCCUUGAUGUUUGGAACACCUGUGCCAGGAGAUGCACAUCUGCUGUUAUUUGCCUGUAAAACCUUUCCUAGUUUACCUCAGGACAGGCCGCCUACUAUUUUGCAUCCUUUAAAUGACUUUCACUGAGUUGCUUGUGUUUUCCUCUCAUUAGAGGAGCGGAUAAUGAGACACUUCCCUCAGGACGCUCUCAGUCAGUGUAUUUUGAAAAGGCCAGACAGACACAAAGACAGGAUGCAAGACAGGGAGACAGCUGUCAUUAGGCAAAAAUAAAUACAGCACUACACACUUUUUGUAUUCUGUUCCAAACACACUGCAGCUCAGUGAUUCUGUACAGAUUUGAUUUACUGACCAAAUGUAAAUAUGCAGCUUAUUCAACAGAUGUUAUUUAAAGAAUUAUAAACACUUUCCAAAUCAUAUACUGUCGUUCUGUUUCAAAUUCUGAGAACUCUUUUUAUAUUAUGAGAAUAUUUUUUGUCUUUAUGCACCCUGUCCACUGUUUCAUGUUUGCAACAUAACGUUCUGUAGUUCAGAGUCACUUGUGCACAUUUAUUUGAACUGACAUAAGUCUAACCUUUAACCAAGUUGAAUUUUAUAUAUAUAUAUAUAUAUAUAUAUAUAUAUAAAAUAAAAGUUUAGCUUAGUGUUUGCAUGCUUGCUGUUUUUUAUAUUUAUAAAAAUAUAAAUUCACUUAUGGUUGUAGCAUCAGCGUUUUACGUUUUGUAAGAAUUUGUAUUUGUUUUUGUACACAUUACAUUACAGAUGUGUUUUAUAGUUUUGAAUAAAAUCUUUUUAUCACUUGAAGUCAGUUUAGUUUAAAGUUUAAAAGAAAAAUACCUCUCCACACGGUGACUGCGCUGUAAAAAAACCUUCAGACUCCCCUCAUAUGAUUUAAAGAGCUUUGACACGUCCACCUUUCAGGAUGUAUUUCCAGUUUCUCCCGGGGGGAUUUUCCCCUUUGCUGCUGGAGGAAGUGAAGUAUCUUUAAAUUCCACACUGUCCCCUUGCGUCCUGUGGACUGGGUUUUAAUUGACCCUGCUGUUCUUAAUGGCUAUGUAGAGCAUGAAGGUGAUGUUUAGACCUCAUCUGUUUGGCUUGACUAGCCAAGGCAAACAAUGCUGCAGUGACUGAUAAUGGAUUCUAAUUACAAACCCAUUGGAGAGAAUAAUUAAACCUUAACCAAUGGUUUGUUAUUACAAAAGCGGGAUGAGUGUAAUUUUAAACUCGCAGUGUAACUAAUAUUUCUCUAAAGUAAAAGCUAGGACUUCCUCAUGUUUCUCCCUGAUUAAAGCAAAUUAUUUGUCUACACUUGUUCUGAUGUUAUAAUCAAACAUGGCCUGACUUGUAUGAGUAUUAAGGAGAAAAGCUACAGCAGCAGCAGCAGCAGAUGCUCUUACAGUAAACCUAAUGUGAUUUCCUCAAUGACUUUGUGUCCAGGAUGAGUGUAUGUCAUGUGUAAAGCACAACAUGCUUCUUUUCCAAAGUAAUCCAUGUCUUGUAUCUGGGUUACUCGGGUCAAACGGAGAGUGGGAGUGUUGAGCUAAGAAGUGCUUUGCUGUCUGUUUCAUGUAUAAGCUGAACGGGAGCAGUCAAGCCAGAAUCAGAAUUUAUGUGUGGAGAAAUAAAAACCCCAAAAUGGUCCAUAAUUACUGGAGCUGAAAAAAUACAUGCAGGAAUGUGAGGUGCAGGGGUAAUUUAUUUUAGCUUUUCAAGAGAGGAGCAGGAUUUGCUUCAGUUCAUGAAAGAUGUUGGAGAAGUUUUUCCUGUCCUGUCCCUUUUUUACACAACAUUUUGAUGAUAUACAAAUAAAGUUAUUAUUAUUAUUAUUAA